GUCAUAAGAAAGCUUCCUACCAAUUUAAUGGCAUUUGCAAAUUUUUUCUAGAUUGACUAGCUAUAUUCUAGAUCUUAAUUCUUUGAUUGAUUUAUUUAUAUCUAAGAUUACAGAAUUCCCGUUUGCCAAUAAGCAUUAUUCCUGCAUUCCAUCUCAGGCUAUUUCCAUGGCAUCGCCAGCCCCAAAGGAAUUCAUACAAGCAGCUCUUUUUGCCAGCAGCCCUUAUGAUCUAUCCUACUCAGACUCUAAACAGAAAUGGAUUAUUCUAAGACACCUCCUUUCAUUGCUUCAAGAAUACCCUGGUUUCAGGCCCUCAACUGGUAGAUUCACGCACAAUGAUGGAACCGAAGUGAACCUUCUAUGUGCUAGUGGCUGUGUCCAUGUCUCCAACUCCACACCUCCCAUUCCUCUCACCAUUUGGCUCCAUGAAAACUACCCUCAGAAGGCUCCUUUAGUCUUUGUUUCACUUGAUCCCACGACCCCAAUUCAUCGCCAUCAUCCUUUUGUUGACGCUUCUGGUGCCACAUCCCCACCUUAUGUCCUAACCUGGAAACAUCCUCCAUGCAACCUUUCUGACCUCUUGCACAAUCUUGUCCGGCUAUUUAGCCAUGAUCAUCCUUUCUCAUAUUUGCCGUCGACGACUAGCUUCUUCACUGACCCAUCUCUUGUUUCUAGAAAGGAAGCUCUUGAUAGACUUGUAGGCAUACUUCACUAUGACAUGGUUGCUUUGCGGACCAGCACUUUUGAAGAAAUAGAGGAGCUAUCCUUGUUGCAGGAAGAACUGAAGAGUCGCGAUCGUUUUACCAGAAGCAUGAUUUCCGAGAUGGAGCGGGAAAGGAGUAACCUGAGAGAGAGAUCUAACAAUUGGGCGGAGGAAACUGAUAGGCUGGUGAACUGGUUGAGAGUUAAUGAUCGAAGACCAAUAAUGGCCUUGGAUGCAGGAGAUGUUGAAAUUGAGGAUGCAUUUGAAAUUGAUGAGAAGUCAAGAAUGAGACUUGAGUGCACGGCUGCAGAUUUGGCUAUAGAGGAUGUGCUAUAUAAAUUGGACAAGGCACUUGAACAAGAGGCUCUGAGUUUUGAUUCAUACAUUAAGCAAGUUCGGAGCUUGGCCAGAGAGCAGUUCUUUCAUAGAGCUUCAGAGAUGAAACUAAACGAUUACCUCCUCAAUGGUAGGGGAAAACAGUAA